AAUUUCAGUUCCAUUUCAACCACAAUUCGAAUAGGUAACCCACAAAUCGUAUUAUUUGUCAGCUAAACAAAAUUCCAUUAGAAAAAAAAAAAACAUAAAACAAAAAAUACAAAAGAAAACAACAAAAAUAUACUCCUGGAACGAGGAAUUGUUUAUUAAUAAUUAAUUUAUACGCAUAAUUGACAGCCACAAUGCUGGGUAAUUGCGUUGGUAAUUGCGCCUUCAGUGCACCACCGCCCCCCGACUCAAUACUGUCGAUGCCACCACCCCCAUUGCCAUCGUUUCUACUGCCAAAAACUGCAGCUCUACUAUCGCCCAACAAUGACUCGCAUCCUUGCUUCGCCACUCUGAUGUGUGAUCCGAAUCCGCAUCCCCGCGAAAGUGGCAUGGAGUUUGUUGAACUGACUGGCACGAAUACUGGCCUGGAGAACACAUGGCUAUUUGUUUUGAUUUCAUCAUGUGUUGGUGUUCUCAUACUGGGUGGACUAUUGGCUGUUAUAUUGCUCAAGUGUCGAGACACGCUUUUCUCCAGCUGCAAUUUGUCGUAUCACGACAGCAACAUUAAACAGGGCACCAUGUCUGCCUUAGGCGAACCUUCGAAAUCGAAUCCCUUCAUGGCCGGUGGUAUUUUGUAUCCUUGUACGUCGGUGAACAGUCGUGACACGCUACAGAGUCAAAUGGCCAGCGACAGCCGUCUGUUGUGGGCCACACUAACGCCACAUGGCACUCGACACUUUAUAACAGAUUAUCCUGCCAGUACAGUUCCUGAAUCGAAUGGCCAUUAUGAGGUUGUGGAUUAUCGUACUAAAACACCAAAUCAACCGUAUCGUGAUUAUGUCAAGCGAACACCUAUUAAGUCCUUCGACAAUAAUGGCUUUAUUGACUACGAUUACGAAGAUCCCACACCAUUAAUGGAUUCCUAUCACGAUGACAUGGACUCGGGUUACCAAGAGCCCCAGGAAGUUUUGAAUUCUAUGCAACGUGUUUCGCCACGUCCUCGCGUCUCUUCACCCACACGUAUCGAUAAUCCAAAUAUGGCGCCACUCAAUUACUAUCCAUCAAAUCCACGCAACUAUACCAACAGUCAUCAUCAGACCUCAGCCAAUAAUUCGCUGCAACGUCCAACUAAUCUCAGCACAGCUACGUUGAAUCGUAAGACUGCAACAAGUCGACGCAUCAGCGAUGCCUCAUCCUACAAUGGACAGAAUAUUUAAGGGGAUGAAUGGGAAUGGGAAAGACAUUGGACAAACAUGUUUUUUUGAAGUGUUGAAUUGUGGUUUCCCGCCCGGGAAGGAAAUGAGAUAAUUAUGAAAAUGAAUUGAAAAAAACAGGAACUUUUUUUGAAACGCACAGUGGAAAUUACAACGAAACACGAAUUUUUGCAUAUGACAACAACAACAACAAAACGCAUACCAGCCAUAAUCGGAUAACUUACAAUAAGAUGACGAUGACACCAAAGAUAACAAUUUUAAAUUCUAAUCAAAUAGCAAUAUUUUAACAAAAGAACUACGGCAACAACAAAAACUAAAUGUAUAACAACAAAUAAUACUCUUAUACAUAUAGACAACAUGCAUACUUCAUAAAAAAAUAAUUCGUUGGUUCAUAAAAUGAUCUGCACUUGUAAUAAAUCCAGCGGAUGUAUGUCGUCAA